CAGGAGAACUGUGAGAAUGUGACCUCGCUGGAGUUUCCAGUUUCCAAAUUUGAUGUGAUCUCCCAGCUAGAACAAGGAGAAAAGCCAGGGGUGCCAGAUGUCCAGGGCUCAGAUGAAAGAGAGAUCUGGAGGGAUGCCUGCCCAGGUGAUGGGAUGUUGAAUGAGAACGAGGAGCAGAAUCCUCAGCAGCAAGAUGCUGAGCACAUGGAAGCACAUGUGGGAUUAUCACAAAGAUCCAAAGGGAAUGUGCAGGGAAGAGCCUGUGAGAGUGAGCACCGGCCAGGGAGAGAGCAGGGAAAGAAGACAGGGGAGAAAAUGAGUAAAUCCAUUAAUUAUCAGAAAACUCAGAAGGAAACCACAGCCCAGAAGAGAAUCCUCACAGGAGAGCGAAGCAACACGUGCACUGAAUGUGGGAAAAAUUUCAGUAGCCGCUCACACCUUCUAGAACAUCAGAGAAUUCACACAGGGGAGAGACCCUACGAGUGCUGUGAGUGCGGGAAAAGCUUCACUUGGAGCUCAACCCUUGUGAGACAUGAGAGGGUCCACACAGGAGAGAGACCCUACGAAUGUUGUGACUGUGGGAAAACCUUCAGUCAGAGUUCAUCGCUUAUUACACAUCAGAGGACCCAUACAGGGGAGAGACCCUACCAAUGCCAUGAGUGCAGGAAAAGCUUUGCUCGGAUCUCAACCCUUGUUAUGCAUCAGAGCACCCACACAGGAGAGAGACCCUAUGAAUGCUGUGAGUGUGGGAAAAGCUUCAGUCAGAGUUCAUCCCUUAUUGCACAUCAGAGGAUCCACACAGGAGAGAGACCCUAUGAAUGCCAUGAGUGCAGGAAAAACUUCAGUAGUCGCUCAGGACUUUUUGACCAUAAGAGAAUCCACAGAGGGGAGAGACCUUAUGAAUGCCGUGAGUGUGGGAAAACUUUCACUCGGCGCUCACACCUUAUUACACAUCAGAGAAUUCACACAGGGGAGCGCCCCUAUGAGUGCUGUGAGUGUGGGAAACACUUCUCUCAGAUCUCGGCCCUGAUCAGACAUCAAAGAAUUCACACAGGAGAGAGACCCUACGGAUGCUGUGAGUGUGGGAAAAACUUCUCUCAGAGCUCAGCCCUUACUGCACAUCAGAGAAUCCACACAGGAGAGAUCCCCUAG